UUUUUUCUGACCGUAUUGUGAGUUUACUGAACACCAUUAUAAAUGGCAUUUUUCAUUCGUUGCAGAUUUGUACCUCUCACUGCACAAGCAUGUCUUGAGCUGAAAAACCCUAAACACACGAAAUUGUUCCUUAAUGACCACGACGAUCACAUCGAUGAUGAUGAUUCAAAAUCCUCUCUUGUUGCGCUUGCGAUGUUCGCUUUCCUUUUCAAAAAAUAACCACUGAUAACCUUGUUGACGACCACACCAAAAUGGACCAGCCAUUCACAUCUAGCGCUGCUCCGCCUUCGCGCGGUUUCGUCGGAGUACGACGCUCGCACAGACAAUCACGCACAUUUGUCGGCGCAUCACCUUCAGAACUCGUUGGAUACGCUGAGUACCCUAUCUCUGCGGCUGGUCGCGGCGAUGACUUGGUAGUUUCCACUUCAUGAUCUACAUCCAUGUCUAGUAUGGCCGCAGCAAACAGCUCAACUCCUCCCUUAGCUUCAAAUCUGCGUGACACAGACAACAUGAUGCUGGUACAAGGAUCUUCAGCAACUGCAACUACGGGCGUGCCACUACCAUUUCCAGGCCACCCUCAACAGCAUCUAGCACAUCGAGGACACUACCAGGUGUCGAUGCUUUCUUCCAACAAAAAGCAUCGGAUCCAAUCCAUGGACGUGUUUCGUGGCUUCGUGAUGAUUGUCAUGUGCUGGGACCACACACAGGAGUUUUUGAUGCCUCCUGGAGACCCCAAGGACAGCGGUAGUGAAAUGUGGUCAGGACCUUUGAAGACAUACGACCAUUCAGUUAAGGCUUUCUUAGCACCUUCAUUCAUCUUAGGAAGCCUGUUGAUUUUGAAGCUGUCCUCCAAAACGAAGGAAGAGAAAGAAGCAUCAGGAUGCGCAUGAAUUUGAUUCCAAGAUGGAUAGGGGUGAGCUCCGCCUCUAAUCUAGUCAGUGAAUUCUUUGCAAGAUGGGUGUCGCACAUCUGCGCCCCCGGAUUUUUCUUGACCAUGGGCAUCGGCAUGUACCUGUUCACUCAUAGUAGGAUGCAGAGAGGCACAUUGCCGAGAACCUACUCGAUUCGUGACUGCGCUUGUGCGUGUUGCAGUUGUGGUUGGCGAUGUCUCAAACGGUGUUGGAGGUUUUGUUGCUCCAGAAGGAUAUUAUUCGGUGCUCGUGCUGGUCGUGAAAAUGCUAGUGCUGGCGGAGAAGUAGAUGCGAAUGCCACUGCAGAAGGUGAGGGUGCCAACGCUGGUAGUAACAACGCAGCCCUCGUCGCUGCAAGAGCAGGUUCUCAACAGAACAGCAACAGUGGCAAUCAUUUGUCCUCAACGUCUAGGAGCAGCAGUGGGGAUGACGACGACUCUAGCGGUAGCAGGAUACCUAUGAGUAGAGCCAGAAGCACUUAUCAAGUCGAUGGCGCCGAUGAUGACGACACUAUUUGCGAACGGCCUGUGACAAUAGAGGGCUAUAUCAGGCGUUAUUUCUUCUUGCGCGGUUUGGUUUUGAUCCUCUGCGGGCGAGUGGUCAACAUCUGCGAAGUGGGUUGGGUUUGGCUGUUGUUGAUGCAAGGGAAGCCUGUGCCAAUUCCCUUUGGCCCGAUAGAUCCAGCGUUGCUAGCAUGGUUUCCACUGGUGGGGAUAUGGUAAGAUGUUUUCAAGAACCGUGAUGUUUACAGACUGAUAAAAGUCCACAGACUUGUCAUUUUUUGAUCAAUUUGUCUUUGUCAACAUCUGAACAUUAUAAAAGUGAACUACUCAGCAUUCUCAUCACGACGUCUCUCGUCAGGCAAGUCCUCGUCGGCCUGGGCAUGUCGAUGAUUAUCGCUGGUCUCUUCGUGCCUGUCCUCUUCCACUACAAGCGCUUUGGUGCUUUGUUUUUGACGCUGCUUGGUUUCGCUGUCUUCGGCUUGUCCUCCUAUGUGAUUGUGACAAAUCAGGAUCCUGGCGAUGCGGCCAAGGAUGCAGACGUCUUUCCUAGAUCCUUGUAUCCAGCAAACACGUGGUCUGAAGUCGCACUACGUUUCCUCAUCCUACCUGGUCGCACGGCUUUCGGCGUAGUGGCUUACCCUCUGUGUCCUUGGGUAGGCGUGGUGCUGUUAGGAAUGGUUUUGGGCUCAGUGUUGUUUCAGCCGUUGAUGAAGCAUAGUGGGUCGGAUGAAGCCAUCAUUCACGCUGGAAGGACCAAUGUUAAGACUACCGCUAUUAAAGCAUCCUCAGGCUCAGCAUCAUCCUUGGCCCUUUUUCUACCUGAUGAAAAAGAAGCCGAGGAUGCUCCCACUCUCAGGCGCUAACCAUGGAUCCUUGACGUCGAACGGCUCUUCUUCUUCUCUGCGAAACCGAGGAUUCUUCCGCAAGUUUCCUCAUAGAUCCAAGUGGCUGGAGCCGAUUUUGGCGAUAAUUGGAGUGCAGUUUCUGGCACUGUUCAUGUUCUUGCGGUUCCGGCUACCAGCAGAGUAUGCGAAAUGUUAAGGUCGUGACUGCAACGUAGAUCAUGAUUCAUGAUUAUCAUCGUAUCCUGUGUGGCUGUAGUGGUGGACUAAUUAUAUCUGUAAGAAUCAGGGGGAACUGAUUUCAAGGGGAACUGCUCUACUGAGGGGAGAAAACAAAAAGAAAUUGGCCAUUCAUCUACGGAUAUUAGUAUUUAUAGUAUUAGCAAUUCCCAGAAAUCUCUUAAGGAGCUCCCUUAAGGAGCUUCCUUAAGGCGCUUCCUUAAGGAAAUCAGUUUCCUUAAGGAAUUUUUAUUAUAAAAAGUUAUUAUAACUUUCCUUAAGAGGAAAAAAAUUCCCUUAAGGAGGUCCCUUAAGGGCAAGCUGUUACAAACUUGGGCUAAUAACAGCGGCUCCUUAAGGACCUUGCUAGUACUACGAGUCCAAAAGUGUCAAGAACGUGCUAACGUGUUCGCGGCUGUUAGUUUGUAGGCUACUCACGUACACCAGCCACAUCCGCAGCAAGACACUACGCGCCCACCCCUAGCGAAUCGCCCCAACGAACUUCCAACCGCUACCCUUGUCAUAUAUCGCCCAGCGCCUUUGCUUUUUUUCAAAAACUUCAGGGAGGUCAUUCAAAUACAGAGAAAGCUGAACGACCUCCCUGAAGUUUUUGGAAAAAAGUUAGCUCGCUCCCCUUCCGCGACUACCUUCCGCGCACAGCAAUCGACCACGGCACAGGAGCGCGCGGCAGCCCUUGGAGGUCGAUGGUUGACCAGUAUACUCCUAACCAGCACAAAAGCGGGAGAAUUGUAAGGGAGAGGGUGAGCACUUGAAAAGGUAGAGGCUGACGAGCGUGAUCGCAUUGAUUCGCGAGAAGGCCAAAGACAUACAUCGCGGCGCUUCAAAGUCGUAGCCGUAGAGGAUGUCGAUGGCUGUGAGAAUGAUAGCCGUGCGCACUUGCGUGUCUGAAGGGUGGACCCUGGUGAGCAUCAUCAUAUCCAUGAGAAGGCCAAAGGUGUGCAACUUUGCGUGUGAAAGUCGAAGCCGUUGAGGAUGUUGAUGUCUGUGAGAAUGAUAGCCGUGAGGACUUGCAUGUCUGAAGGGUGGACCCUGGUGAGCGUCAUCAUAUCCAUGAGAAGGCCAAAGAUAUACAUCUCUGUGUAUGAAAGUCGAAGCAGCUGAGGGCGUCGAUGUCUGUGAGAAUGAUAGCCGUGAGGACUUGCAUGCCUGAAGGGUGGACCUUGGUGAGCAUCAUCAUAUCAACGAGAGGGCCAAAGACAUACGCCUCGUCUCUGUGUGUGAAAGUCGAAGCCGUUGAGGAUGUCGAUGUCUGUGAGAAUGAUAGCCGUAGCCGUGAGGGCUUGCAUUUCUGAAGGGUGGACCCUGGUGCGCGUCAUCAUAUCCAUGAGAAGGCCAAAGAUGUGCGUCUCUGUGUUUGAAAGUCGAAGCCGUUGAGGAUGUCGAUGCUUGUGAGAGUGAUAGCCUUGAGCACUUGCGUGUCUGAAGGGUGGACCUUGGUGAGCGUCAUCAUAUCCAUGAGAGGGCCAAAGGUAUACAGAUCUGCCUGUGAAAGUCGAAGCCGUUGAGGGUGUCGAUGUCUGUGAGAAAGUAGAUAAGGGUGGACCUUGGCGGGCGUCAUCAUGUCCAUGAGAAGGCCAGGCGCAUGCAUCUCCGUCGGUGAAGGUUGAAGGCUGAGGACGUCGAUGCCUGUGUGUGAGAAUGAUAACUGUGGGCCAUUGCAUGUCUGAGGCGCGGACCGUGGUGGGCGUCUUGCGUCAUGUCCAUGAAACAGCCAACCCUAUAGACACAUCCCCGCGCCUGAAGGUUGGGGCCCAGCUUCUGGCUCUGCGCAUAGAUAUGCCCAAGCGUGGCCUUCUCAUGGGCCUCGUCCAUGACGCUCGCCAGUGUCAGCCUUUUGCCAUCCCAUGGGUAUGCUAUGCUUUAGGAUUCUCCUGGACAUGAUCACACUCAAAAGGGCCCAACCUCUGUGCCUACAUAUGUCCAAGCGUGGCCUUCUCAUGGACUCCAUGACGCUCAGCGGGCCAGCCUUGGCGCCCAUUGGCUUGCCCCUAGCAAGCAAGUUGGCCAAGGCAGUAGCCAUAGGGGUAACCUCCUCACUAGCCUCGCCACAGUGGGGGCCAGCUUCCCAGCCUUGGCGAGCAGACUUGGCGACUUUUUUCGUUUGUCUUUCUGUCUCUUAGUAGUCAACCUGUCGAGCUGUUAACCUAUGCCCAGCGCAGCGGGCCCUUGAUGGGCCCGCUUUCUGGGCAUGUAGUCACAAUGUGAGAAGACUACCUCUAGUACCUCUAAGAAUAGUUUUCCUUUCGCGGUUCGCCGAGAGGCGAAACGGACUCCCCGUUCGAGGGGAAAUUUACGUUUUGCAAGUAUCCACCGGACGUUUGCUUUCUACUCUUCACCACAGGCGUCAACUUCCUGCUGUGGGCGUUUUUGUCUACAUCUGUUACUGGCAGUGGUGGAGAUGAGAAUUCCAUUAAGGCUUUGUCAUAACACUGUCCUCGUACUAACUACUAUACCUAGAAAGUGUCUGUUCCUGUUGGCUGCAACUGCAAUCAUUUUGUUGACGAGAUGAAGCAUCGCUUUGCUUUCCUCGCUACUUUUCUAAGAAGAAAACAAGCGGGCGACGAUGACUCUCGUCAGGAUGACUUUAUUAUGCCAGCUGCUCUAACUACAGUUCAUCCAUGCGCGGAGGACGUUCUUCAUCUGGCGGUCGUGUCGCGGAAGGUGCAGCCUUUAGUUCGUACAAUCUCGAUAUCAGAGGAGAGUCUUACCACAUCCACUUACGCGACGAAGAUAUCGGAGUGAUCAGCCCUCAUCGAAGUCGAGGAGGGAGGGAAGAGGAAACUGCAAGAGCGCUACGGACCGAUUUAGUAGUUAAGGGUACAUCUUCUCGACGUUCUGGUUCUCCUAAUGAUCCAGGAGACAACUCAGGCUCAGAGGAUCCAAAUGGAGGGCUCUUAUUUGUGGAUGGUAGAGAUCUGCCAUUUUUGGAGAACUACAAUACCGGUUCCACGGCUCCUACGAUAUCACCUCCUUCUACAAGUAGCACGCUGGACACGGACUAUUCCCUACAGCAUUAAGGCUUGGGAGUUGACAUCUCUAUGCGCGUCUCUAUGUCUUCUUCAAGUAGGAAGGCCACAGAUAUGCGAGCUAGAGAUGCCAACUUUCAACCCCUAACAGCAUCAUCCAGCCUAUCUUCAGUCGCAAGGAAACAGCAGAAGUCGGCGGUCAGCUCGAUGGAUUUCUUACGGCUUCCACUUUCAUCUCACUACGUUCUCACUACAUAGAAAUACUGGUCGUCUUAGAAAGUCCUAGGUUCAUCUUAUUAUUUGACAUACUUUCUGUUUCUUGGAGGGGAAAAGUAAGGGAGGUCAAAAUGAAAGAUGCUCUGCGAGAUACAUUGUGGUACGGUCUAAAUCUCCUCAUGUCUGGCAAGAUGGUUUUUCUUUCCAGCCUGCUUGCUCCGAUCCAUGAGGAAUAUGCUGCAUCUUGUGGUGUCUUUUGUGGGCAUCUGUGGAAGGUGUCUGCAGGAACAGGGAAGGAUUGCUAGAAGAUGCAAACGCGAAUUUGCGUCCUUCUUGAACGCUUUUGGCCAAGUCCCCCUCUUCUUUUACAUGACGCACUACAUGGCCCUGUCGCUCUUCACGAUAGUGGUGAAAUGGGUUAAUAAUUUACGGCAAUGAAAGACUAAGAAGAGAUCUGUAACUCUAUCUGCUUGUGAGUGCUCCAUAUUUAUAACAAUUUCAAUUUAGCGAGCAAAUUGAACAAAUUGGAUUCAGAUCAAUCAUAAGUAUGUGAAAAACACGACCUUGCCGUACGGUAAUACGUCUACUAAGAGGCUCACUCACGAUUACAACAUUCUAGAUCAUCCACUUUUGUUCCAAACAUCAUCUUUUCCAAACAUCAUCUCCUCUAACUUUUCCAGCAGACCCUGGCUCAGGCCCUGAGUGGCCACGAAUUGCGCUUUUGCCUAUUUGGUUGGGAGUUGUCUUGCUAUUGCGAAAGCCAUGUGAGAUGUACAACGUUUUUAAGCGGAGGACAGACCCGGAUUCAUUGUGGAGGCUGUUUUAG